AUGGAUGGCUUAACCACGGUCAAAUCUGGUGAUGAGCCAUAUAUGCAGUUUGACAAGCUGAAACUGCGAAAUUAUUUCCCGCAUGAAAUAGAGAAGCUGAGUGUAUUACGUAUUACUCAAACGCGAAGCUUCGAUGAGGUUGGUCAUGCUAUUCGAGGUGGACUGUAUGAUCCUGCGCUUGGCCCAACAGAACCACGAGAUCGAUGUGAAACCUGUCAUCAGUAUGAGGUGCAUUGUCCCGGUAAGGACUAUUUCACUUGCAGUGUCCGUACUCAUAGGAAGUCUUCUUUUAGUCAUGCGUUUAAUGUCGCAAACAUUCUCUCUUCGUGUAUUCGUCCAAGGUUUUAUCUUAACUGCAUAGGCUCAUGUAGACAAGAACGAAAGUUAAGGACGGCGAACUUUCAUGUCGAAACCCCAUUUACAGGUCAUUUUGGGCAUAUUCGGUUAGAUGUUCCCGUUUUCAACCCGAUUCUCUACAGCUUCUGCUUCAAUCUCCUGAAAGGCUCAUGUGUGCAAUGUCACCGGUUCACUUGCGGAACUGAUGGUAUAGCUACAAAAGUGUUGCUCGCGCAGUUGAGGUGCUUUGAAUUGGGUGUACCACAUCUUGCACCUGAAAUAGAAAUGGAGUUCAAGGACAAAUAUGGGGCCUCCCAGCUGUCUGUGUUCAUGACAGAGGAGGAGGAACUGCAAAUGUUUGCUGAACUUGACAAAUUGAUUUCUGAUCGUGCAGGCCGACCGCUGUCUGGUCUUUCCGCUGAAACACCGUGUAAAAAUACUGUGGAUCUUCGGAAGACUGUAAUUAAGAACUUCCUAAGAGAUCACUUGUUCAAACGCAAAGCUCGUUGUCCUCUCUGCAAAGGAUUUAACGGACAAGUACGCAACGACGGUGCACGAUGUGUUCUUAUUGACUUCACAGUGCAUGGCAAGAAAAGAAAAAAGUUGGACAUUUACAAGAGCGGAUUUGAAGGCGAAGAUAUAGAAGAGGAGGUUGAUUCUUCAGGUGAUGAAAAAGACAACAAAACAACUAUGUUGAAUGAUACCGCCUAUGGAACUGCAGAGGUAUCUGAGGGUGCAUUAGAGUUGCAGAUGAGAUCGGUUCAAAGUGGCGCAUGUGAGAAGCUCGCCUGGCGUGCAGCCGAAGUUCGAGAACACUUUCGCCUUCUGUUCAAAACCGAAGGAAAGUUAUUGCUGAAACUAUUUCCAAUGCUAGUUGACGAAGGAGCCGGCGGUCUUUGCCCUCUUGAUGGAUUGUUCUGCGAGCUGAUCAUGGUGCCACCAACGAAAUUCCGUCCGAUUCGAUUAUUCAAAGGUGAAAGAUAUGAGAAUCCUCAGUCCGUCAACCUUCGACGUGUACUUGAAGCCGCAGAGACAAUAAAAGCUGUCGCGCUGGUCCUCAAUGGCGAAAAGAGCCCCAAACUGAUGGAACUAAUCACGAAUAGGACACAAGGAAAAACAAUGAAUGCAAGAAUGCAUAACGCCUAUUUACAGCUUCAGCAACGGGUUAAUGCUAUUUACGACGAGGUAUCAUGGGUCCUUCAAGUGGCUAAGAAGUAUUUUUUAGUGAGCUACAGUAGUUGUUUGCAGGAGCUUGAUAGACACGACCAGAAUAGAAUUCCUGGAAUCAAGCAAAUUCUGGAGAAGAAGCAAGGACUUUUCAGAAUGAACAUGAUGGGAAAACGUGUGAACUUCGCUUGCAGGUCUGUGAUCACACCUGAUCCUUAUCUCGACAUAGAUGAAAUCGGAAUACCAGAAAUCUUUGCCAAAAAACUUACGUUUACGGAGCCAGUGAAUCUUUUCAACAAGAAGCACAUGCGAAAACUAGUGGCUAACGGCCCCGCUGUCCAUCCUGGAGCGAAUUUCGUUGUGUCUGAUACGGGUAGAAAACAAGUGUUACUAGCAGAUUCAGUCGAACCUGGAGCUCGAUAUAAGCGAGUAGGUAUUUCGUCACAAUUGGAGCCGGCUAACACCGACAAGCUUCGUCAACCCAUGAAGGUAUUGCGUCAUUUGCGUAACGGCGAUAUGAUGAUGAUGAACCGUCAACCAUCGCUUCACAAGCCUUCUAUACAAGGGCAUCGAGCCCGAGUGAUCACCGGUCAACGUGCCUUGCGAAUGAAUUACGCUCCAUGCAAAGCUUAUAAUGCCGAUUUCGAUGGAGACGAGAUGAAUGGACAUUUAGUACAAAGCCAUAUCGCGCAGUGUGAAGUCGCAGAAUUGGGUAGGAUGUUCUUUGCUUCCAUGCUC